AUGUUUGGGAUUCCACAACAAGAGCCAUCCGAAGAAGAAAAAAAGUUACGUCAAGAAGCAGCCAACAGUACUCUAAAGACUGCUGCUAUACUUGGUACGGCGCUUUGGUUAUCUCCAAUUGUCUGGAACUUUGUCAAGAAACAGUGGCAUUGA